AUGCGGUCGCUUAGCUUGAUCGCGCUCGCCAUUUUACUAACAGGUUCUUCAAAUGGACAACUGGCGACCAUAAUAAAUUUGGAUACAGGAGAAAAUUUAGACACUGCGAUUCCAACUAUGCUAAAUGUCGUAAAAUCUUGUUACUUGACAACUCCAAGCGGACGUGAAAUCGAGUUUAAGCCUAAUGACAAUUCAGAUGAUAAAUUCCAAUCAUUACCACCUACAGAAUUUGUAAACUGUCGGGCUCGGGUGGCCAACGUGGACACUAACGAUGAAGGCGUGUGGACGCUCACAGCAGAAUAUGAUACAGGAGUUAGUCAAUUACAGUCAUACAAUCUCACGGUAAAUCCUCCACAAGAACUUUCCACCGAAGCUCCUACCGUACCUUCAACCGAAACUCCGUCUUCUACUGAACCUUCAACCGAAGAAACUAUUAUAUACUUUGAAAAAAUAAUCUUCAAUUCGAGUAUCGGUGAUAGCCACGAUGUGUCCAUUGAUGGAAACAUUUUUUACAACGAUCCUAUUUGUCAGAUAAUCACUCCUUCAGGACAGCAGUAUGACUUAAAGGAAUUAAAUUCUUCAUAUGUCGAAGUCAUUCCCCAAGAUGAUGAAAGCUGCUACGUUACUAUAAAAGUUAUAUCUGAAGAAGUUGUUGGAAAUUGGACAUUGAUUUCCGAUGGCUAUUUAUACUCAGAGAGGGUACAAAGAAGAUUACCAUUUACAAUUUAUGUUGAAGAAGCCGUUGAUGCAUCAGCCAGCGAAAUAACUGUCGUUGAAGGAAAUAAUAUGUACGUACGAUUGAAGAAUGCUAUUGAAAAUUAUGAUACAUGCAGACUUUUGGCACCUAAUGGAAUCGAAUAUAAUGAAUAUGAAAAAGAUAAUCGAUAUUUAGAACAAUGUGGUUUCAUUGUAAGAAAUAUUCAAACAACUGAUAGCGGAAAUUGGUCAAUUUUAUAUGGAAAUAGAGUAAUUUAUAGAGCAACAAUUAGUGUGACAGUAAAUGCUGCGACGCCUGGAGGGACAUCGAAUCUUGUAUGGACUAGAGAUAGACCAGUUACAGAAUUUUUUGGUGCAGAAAAUGCUGUUUACUGUAAGGUAGUAGGACCAGACGGACUCGUCUAUUAUGAUGGAUUUGGCAUGUGUCAAAUAUUAAUAGAACGAGUUUCGCUAGACCAUGAAGGUAUUUGGACUUUGAGUGUUGGAUUACCAGGGCGAGUUCUAACUGAGAAUUCGCAAUUUAUUGUCAGAGUGGUUGAAGCUGAAUUGAAGCCAGCUGUAGUAACGCAGGUUACGGCAAAUAAGCCAACGGUUUCAUUGACUUGCUCUGUAUCAAGCCCACACCCUAUAAAUUCAUGCAAGUUCCGUCAUCCAUCUGGACGCAUACUAAUGGCUAAUGAGGGAGUUGGGGAAGACCGGUUUUCCUACCAUGGCGCUGCUGUAAGCUACCAAUCUGAUGUUCACACCCAUGACUGCGGUCUUUUGAUUACUAACCCAUUAGUAGAAGACUUAGGUAUUUGGCGUUGCGCUAUAGAGACUGAUGGCGAUACUUUCUAUGGUUUUUUGAAAGUGUUAUGUCCUUGGGCUUUGAGAGAUCCUGAAGUGGCUGCUGCUGUUGUAACAGAACCUGUUCUAACUGCGUCUAGAAAUACGGUCACCAGUUUGGCUGGAGAUAGUGUCUCUAUGUCAUGUUCGGUGCAAUCGGCCAUUCGUUACUGUUACUUCAGAGCGCGCAACGGCACUGUAUUUAAUGUUGGACCAGCCCACUCCCACGACCAGGCAAAUUAUAUAGGCUCUGGUUUUGAUGCUGGCGAGUGCGGUAUAAGGUUCCCGACCCUCGCGGUGUCUGACACCGGAAGUUGGAGCUGUCAUGUUGGUUUCUUGACGGAACCGGAACAACGUGCGCAGAUUAAUGUCACUAUCCAAGAUCCAAUGGUAGCUGAUCAGCGCGUGGAGCAUGGAAACCUUAUUAUAGAAGCUCAAGUUUAUGACAACAGAUCGCUUGAAUACUGUCGAUUCGUUCGAAUUGAUGGCUCAGGUUUCACAUCAUUAGAGAAUAUUCAAAAUAAUUAUGGUGAUAUAUCUGUGCUAUCGCAAGGCAAAUGUGGUUUAUUCAUCGAGCAUCCCUCUAUUUUGGAUCAUCAUCCAUGGACUGUAGUAGCAAAGAUCAUGGGACAGAAUGAAGAAAUAUCCAGAGUUACUCCAAUUACUUUAGCACGUCCAAUCCCUGAGACCGCCUUUAGCCAUGUGCCUGUUAUAUGGGUGCUGGUAAUGACGUUGGGCAUAACCCUUCUGUUGCUAUCAGCACUCUUGGUCAACAAAAGAAGCAGAGAAUGGACGUAUGCCAGGGCAAGUUCCAUCAGAAACAGCUUCACGAGGAAGACAGUUGAACAACAAAACACCACUGAGAAGACUACCGCAAUGGCUGCU